AUGCACCUGCGAGCGCAGCAGCAGCGGCAGCAGCAGCGGGAAGGCGCCUGCCCCAUGACUGGGCGACCAGGCCCCAGCGGCAGUGCAGCAGCAGCAGCGGUGGCAGUAGAGUCGGUGGCAGGAGAUGCGGCGGCGGCGCUGGAAGCCUCCUCUGCCGACCGGGUGCUGGCUGGCGAUUCGGAUUGGGUGCAGGAUGACCCCAGCGACUGCAGCAUGUGCGACACAGGCGCCGCGCUGGACGAGGAGGCGGCGGCGGCGGCGGCGGCGCUGCUGGGCCGGCACCGCGCCGCGUCGCGCCCGCUGCCGCCAGCAGCAUCGCCCAGCGAGCAGGUCUUCAAGGCCGACGCUCACUACGUGGGCAGCAAGAUAGACAUCUACGCGCUCAAGGAGCGGCCUGAGUUUGCGGGGCACUACCGCAAGGUUCACAAGGGGGCGGUGGUGCUCAGCCUCACCCCGCGCCGCAUCUCCGACCAGUGCGAGACCGAGGGCAUGCCUGUGGGCCCCUACAUGGUUGCCUUCAACUACGGCUCAGUGGUCUUCUUUGCGGCGGGGCCCAAGCUGCGGGCGCAGUACCUGGCUAUCGCGCGCGAAGUGGCGGCCGACCCCGUCAGCAGCGACCGGCCGUACGUGGAAGAGUACUGCCUCACGCUGUCGCCGCUGCUGCCGGUGUGGAGCUCCUGCUCGCCAGACAACAUCAAACUGCAGAUGCUGGACCUGAAGAACAUCCAGGUGAUCAGCCAGGUGCUGGCGCAGUCGGUGGCCAUGGACUUUUACUCCAGCCACGUCGAGCGCACGCUGGAGACCUUCUGCAACAUGAACCUGGAGAUGCAGGAGACGCAGAACAUAGGGAAGAUCAACAAGCAGGUGCUGCUGCAGCUGGUGGCGGAGAACAACAUUGUGAUGACUGACAUCAUCAACAAGCUGGGGGUGCACGAGCGCUUUGACAUCGCCUGGAAGCAUGUCAACUAUGGCAAGAUCUGGGAGUUCCUGCGGUCGGAGCUGGAGAUGGAUGGGCGGUUCAAGACGCUCGAGUCCAAGCUCAACCUCAUCCAGGACAACCUCAAGUACUUUCUGGAGAUCCUGCAGAACCGCAAGAGCGACACGCUGGAGUGGAUCAUCAUCAUCCUCAUCGGCGCCGAGAUCUGCCUCUCCCUCUACGACCUCUUCUCCAAGGGCUUCAACUGA